AUCUUUUGUAAGCUGCUUCUGUUUUUUUUUUUUUUCUUUUUUUUUUCACUCUUUCAUUUUUAUCAUUUCUUUUUCUGUUUUGGUUCACUGCUUGCCAAAGUUUGAUUCUUUUUGCUAUCUGCAUGGCUUAAAAUUUCACAAAUUCUUUUGGGUGCUGUAGAAAACGGAUGAACAGUAAAUGGAAACUCGUGAUUCUCUAUUGUGAAUGGACCCAUUCUCUUGUUAGGUUUUUCUGCAAGGAAUCUUUUUUUAUUUGGUUUAAAGAAAAAAUAUGGUGGGGUUUGUCUUAGAUAUGUUAAUCUUCAGUUUAUGAGUAAAGCUUCUUCUUUCUUUUUUCCUUUCUCUGUGCUGUGUUUGGUUUUUACCCCCCUUUGUUCUUGCAAACACUUGCUGUGUUAAAUGGUGCAUUUUCAUGCUUGUGCUUUGAAAUUCGUUGAGUGUGGAUGGUGGUGACUUGUUAGAGGCCAGGUUAGUAGAGAGCUUUAGUGUGGCUUGCCUCUUGUGGUAGUGACAAGAAACAAGUUUUUGGAUCAAUGGUGGUUAAAUUAGAAGGGUAUUUCAAACAAAGGGCUUAAAAUUGGCUUUGUAGACUGAAGAUAUAUGCUGUAACAAUCCAAAAUUCUGUGAGAGAUGUGUCCUGUGAUUCUUGAGAUAGAUAUAUUCAAUCUUGCUUUAGCCUAGCAUUCAGUAGUUUAGGAGUCCUUUUCAAAGAAGUAUAAAUGUUUGGCAGCAAAGUGUUUCUAACUUACAAAAGAAAGCGGCAAUCUCUAAGUAGUAGUUUUAUCCAUGGGAAUUGUUGCCAAAAUUCAGCUUGUGAAGGUGCCCAAAAUCGUUCUUUACCUACACAAACUAAACAUGACAAGCUAACUGAGGUGAAGUCAUCAGAAAAGCAUGAAGAAAAACCAAGGGAUACUAGUGAUGGAAAAAUCCCAUGCUUCAAACAGCCAGAUUGUUCAUCUUUGGUUCCAGUUCAAAAGCCCAGUGGCCUCAGGGCAGGAGAGCUUGGAAAUUAUGAUGCAACAGAAUUGAUGGUUACCACAAAGAAAUCAUUUUCAGCAUCUCAUUCAUGUGAGGAUGAAGCCAAGAGGGAUGUUGGUGAAUUUUCAUCAGUGGAAAAGGCUUCACAAAAUGAUUGUGAUAGUCAGAGAAGUUCCUAUGCCCAUAAAAAUUGUUCUAAUAAAAAAAUUAUUUCCCCAUUAGUUGAAUUGGAUGCUGGGAAUGGUUGUAAUUUAGUCAACUCAGAAACAUCCAUUACAAAGGAAUUCAGUUCUUCACAUGUUAAUGAAUCUCCCGUUUUGAAUAAUUCAGUGGAUGAAUCUACUGAUUCUCACACCAAAGAUAAUAGUUUCAUAAACCCACCUGGUCAUGUGGUUAAGCAGACCAACUUGAUCAGUCCAUUAAUAACCUUCAACCGAUGUUACAAAAGAAAAAAAGGUUUGGAUGGGACUGAUAGGCAAAGCAAGUUAUUGCACAAGAAGGAAAAUAUUUCAGUGUUAACCAAGUGGAGCAUGCUUGCAAAUGGAAAUCCAUGUUCUAGCGAUGAAUCAUCUUGUGAGGAAUGUCCUGUAGAUAAUGUACCAGACCUUAAUCAAUCAGUGGAGCUUUCAGAAAGAGGGAAAUUAUUGAAUGAAACUCAAGAUGAAACAUUAUAUAGAAGCUGCUCUACAGUUUUUCUAACAGACCUUAAUCAAUCUGCAGAGCUUUCAGAAAGAGGGGAGCUUUGUCAAACUCAAGAAAAAGAUAAAAAUGCUGACUCUCCAUGCCCUCGAGGAUUUGUUUCUGAAACCUGUACAACAGAUGUGAGUGAGCAACUAUGUCAUGGGGAGAACAUAGUAAAAAAUUUCUCUCAUACAGCUGGAACAGAAGAACCAAGUCACAGUUGUCUGAUUUACAAGGAAGACCAACAUCUACAUAAGGAUUACUUACGAGUCUCUAUCAAAGUUGAUUCCAGAGAUUCCUCUGCUGCUGUCACAACUGCUGCUCAGGUACUGGAGAACUCCCAGCCGUUGGUAAGAGAGACCAUUCAAAACGUUUCAUGCUAUGACUUGAUGAAAACUGGGGAACACCAACCUCAGUUUGACCUGCCUGUUAACUCUGCAGAAGAGCACAGCGUUGAUUUGAACUUGGGUACUGAUAAGCAUCCCCUUCAUUUGAGGCUGAGAACUCUUGGGGCCAAAUUGGAAUCUGCAAGUAGUAGUUCUGCCAUUGCCGAAGAUCAAGUUCCUGAACUGGAAUUUUUGAACUCUAGAAAUACACAGAUUUCAGAAGGAAAAGCUAUAGAUGGUGUUUGCUCAAGUUGUACUAAACCUCAAUUGGCAGGUUUAAUGAUGUCUGAAGAAAGAAUGAAUCUUCAACAUACAAAAACUAAUCGACCAAAACCCAUGCCAAAGAUUUCUCUUUCUCUGGGUUUGUCCUUACCUAUGGAGCUCAAGACUGGAGGCACUGAUUCCAUUGAUAGUUUUUCAGCAUUACCUCUGUCAAAUUCAACCGCCAGAGAUAUUGUCCAAGAUGGAUUAUGCCAGUCUUCAAACAGGAAACCAUUCCUUCCCAGGCACCAGGUAGUGCUUGACAACUUUGUACGCAGAACUAGAAUUUUAAAUGAAAGAGGAAAGUUUCAAGAAAAUUUGAAGCCACACCCUAUCAUGUGGUCUGAAGAGGAGUUGGAUUAUCUCUGGAUUGGCGUGAGGCGACACGGUAGGGGCAAUUGGGAUGCUAUGCUAAGGGAUCAAAGAUUGCGGUUUUCUCCAUUAAGGGUACCAGGGGACCUUGCUGAGAGGUGGGAAGAUGAACAAUUAAAACUUCUGAAUGACAUUGGUGUUCCACAGUUCAUGUAUCCACCAGCAGCAGCAGCAUCAUUGCAAGGAAACUUUUGCUACUUAGACCCGAAAUCAAGUUUGAAGAAAUCUCUUGCCAGGUUUAAUUUUCAAAUAAACAACACCAUUGCAGGCAGGCACAGACCAACUGUUCAUUCCAGGAGAGCCUCUUACAACAACAAUAUAGAUAAAUAUGAAAUGGGAUUUUUCAAUUCUUCAGGAAGCUUGAGUAUUUCUGGUGAAAACUCUUAUUCUAACGAUUAUGCCUUUAAUUAUUCGGCUUCUAAGAAUAAUUUGCCUCACUGGCUUAGAGAAGCAGUUAUUACUCCUCCUUCAAAGUCUUUUGAGCCAACUAUGUCUUCAGCUGUUUCAUUGAAUUCUCAUCCACAGAUGCCAGGAACUGCUGAACAUUGCCUUAAUGCUGGUAAGUCAUGCUUUGUGCCUCAAAAUUUGUUCAAUGGUUUGAGGACAAAUGAACUACACAUGUCAAAUGGUUCUCACUACUCGACCUAUUCAAGAAGGAAAUAUGGGGUGGUGAAGAUGAACAAGUCUAUUGAGCAUCAUGUUCGUAAACCAGAUGAUUUGAUCAUUAUUGAUAGUGGCACAUCUUCUGAAGAGACUAUAUCUGAUGAUCACCGUGCCAACUUGUAAAUCUUAAAAAUGUAUUUGCUGUUUUAUUAACUGUUGUAAGCUGUAGAAAGGUUACAUGUUGCAUGGUUUUGUAGGUUAGAAAUCUAUAAACGUAGGAGAUGAUGUGACCUUGUGCUAAAUGAAUGUUGAUUUUAUAUUUUCACUGAAUUUUUUAGGGAUAUUAAAUCCUUGUCAUUUAUUGAAGAAAACAAAAAAAUGAUGAAAUGCGCGAUUUU